AUGGGCGAACCCGAGCUUCCUUACCAGCUCCCCAAAGCGCAUACUUACGCCGUGGACGAGCUCGAGCGUGCGCCUGAGAGGGGUCGUGUCACAUAUGCCGAAACCGAUGCUCGCCCCAGGCGCGUCAACACAACGGGUGGAGGACGUUCGCGACCUCGCUCCAGCUCCAGGGACUCAUCAUUAUCCAUCCGCACGGCUCGCAGAAGUAUAGAUCCUAGCGUUGCCCUCCCGCCACUCUUCAAGACCCUCUCGUUCGGCAUCGAAGAGCACAAGCGGAAAUCUUUUGCUGAAGAAGGCCAGAAACCUAGCAAAGACGAGAAGAAGCAGAAAACCAAAGAGAUCGACUUUAAGGACAUCGACUACCACACCGCACCGACAGACGAGCUUCUUGCCCGAUUUUCGACUUCCCGCACCAACGGUCUUUCCAGCGCAGAAGUUGCGCAGAAGCUCAAGACUUUCGGUCGCAACGUACCCUCUCCUCCACCAUCAAGAUGGUUUCAGAAGCUGUUCGGAUACCUUUUCGGAGGGUUUGGUUCCAUCCUCUUCAUUGCCGGCAUCCUGGUGUUCAUCGCUUGGAAACCUCUCGGAAACCCCAACCCAGCUGUCGCUAACCUUGCACUGGCCAUUGUUCUAAUCGUAGUAUGGGUUAUCCAGGCUUCUUUCUCCUGGUGGCAGGACUUCUCAAGUUCAAGAGUUAUGGCAUCGAUCACGAAAAUGCUACCUGAAGACUGCCUGGUCAUCCGAAACGGUUCUCAAGAAAAGGUGGAUGGCAGGGACGUGGUACCCGGAGAUCUCAUUCGCAUAACGAUCGGUAACAGGCUGCCAGCCGAUGUUCGAUUCGUCGAAGUCUCCUCUGACGCCCGCUUCGAUCGAUCCAUCCUCACCGGUGAAACCGUUCCACUGCUCGGCUCCGUCGACUCAACAGACGUCAACUUCCUGGAAACGGCAAACAUUGGCCUUGCUGGCACGCACUGUGUCUCUGGCUCUGCUUGGGGCUUAAUUGUCGAGACUGGAGAUCGCACUGUUUUUGGACGAAUCGCCAAAUUGACCUCAACGCCAAAGAAGGGUCUUACACCCUUGGAGCGGGAAAUCUACUAUUUCGUCGGAAUCAUCGUAUGCUUGAUGUUGACUAUGGUGGUCGUCGUCAUCAUCCUCUGGGCUGCCUGGCUUCGACAAGACCAUCCAGACUUUAUCUCAGUAUCUGGGUUGAUUGUCAGCUGUGUGAGCGUAGCAGUGGCCUUCAUACCAGAAGGCCUGCCAAUCGCCGUUACGGCAAGCUUGACGAUCGUGGCGAAUGUCAUGAAGAAGAACAAUGUUCUCUGCAAGAGCUUGAAGACCGUGGAGACACUGGGUGCUGUCAACGUGAUCUGCUCGGACAAGACUGGAACUCUGACUCGCAACCAGAUGUCGGUCACAGAUUUCCUGGUUGGCAAGGAUGCUGUCUCCGCUGUCGAAGCUGAACAACGCUACAAGACCAGCGAGGGACUUCGUCAGCUGGCCAAUGUCUGCGCUGUGUGUAACGAGGCCGAAUUCGACGCAUCGACUAUCGACCAGCCCAUCAUGGACCGUAAGGUGAACGGCGACGCCACCGACACAGCCAUCUUGCGCUUUGCAGAAUCAAUGAACCGCGUUGUGGACCUCCGCAGCACAUGGCGCUCUAUCUUCAAGGUCGCAUUCAACAGCAAGAACAAAUUUGCUAUCAAUGUCGCCAGGUCAGAGACUUCCGACAACCCUCUUCUGAUGAUCAAGGGAGCUCCUGAUAUUCUUCUUCCGCGUUGCACGGCGUACAUUGACAGCGAUGGAUCAAUCACCCAAAUGACCGAACAAGAUAAACGUACCCUCGAAGGCAUGAAGGAUUACUGGUCAUCGCAAGGCAAACGUGUCAUUCUCCUGGCUGAACGUGGACUCGACAUUGAGAAGCUACCGUUCGAUCCCACGGAACAGCCAAGAGAGUACGAGCGUGAUAUCAUGGCCCGAGCUGGCGGUGAUCUGGUUCUUACUGGUCUUGUUGGCAUCGUCGAUCCACCGCGCGCAGAGAUUCCUGAAGUCGUUUCUACCCUACGAGGCGCUGGAAUCAGGGUCUUCAUGGUGACGGGCGACUUCAAACUGACGGCCGCGGCCAUUGCAGCAGAAUGUGGUAUCAUCACAAACCAUCCCAAGCACGUCGACGAUGUGGCAUCACUUGCUUUCACAAAUGGCUACCUGGAAAGCGCUGGCAUUCACGAGACCUACUCAUCAUCAUCUGAAGAAGCCAAGACGACCAGCAUUGUUCUUUCCGGCGCGGACAUUGAGACCCUUGACGAUAGUAUGUGGGACAAGCUCGCCUCGUACGACGAGAUCGUCUUUGCGCGAACCACGCCAGAACACAAACUUCAGAUUGUCAAGGAGUUCCAGAAGCGUGACUUGACCGUCGGAAUGACGGGUGAUGGUGUGAACGACGCUCCGUCGCUCAAAGAGGCUGAUAUCGGAAUUGCAAUGGGCUCAGGCAGCGACAUCGCCAUCGAAGCAGCCGACAUGGUCCUCCUCGAUUCUUUCGCCGCCAUUGUCGAAGCUGUCAAAUAUGGCCGAGUCGUCUACGACAACCUGAAGAAGACUAUCACCUAUUUACUCCCCGCUGGCAGCUUCUCGGAAUUUUGGCCCGUCAUGACCAACGUCGCCUUCGGCCUGCCGCAGAUCCUCAGCUCUUUCUUGAUGAUAAUAAUAUGUUGUUUCACGGAUUGUGCUGCUGCGACUGCGAUGGCGUACGAGAAACCUGAAGCGGACGUCCUCCAUCGCCCACCACGUAACGCGAAGAAGGACAGACUGGUCAACUGGCAGCUGGUCCUCCAGGCUUACGGCUUUAUCGGUAUUCUUGAGACUGUUAGUGCCUUCUCGAUGGCCUACUGGUAUGCCGAGCGCCAAGGCAUUCAGUUCUCGACUCUUUGGUUUGGUUUCAACCAAGUCCAGCCCGGCUUUACCAGCGACGAGCAGCAGGAGAUCUUGAAUGUCGCUAGCAGCAUCUACUUCGUGACGCUAGUAGUCAUGCAAUGGUUCACCCUGUUCGCCGUCCGCACUCGCCGCCGAUCCGUCCUCAAGCAGAGCAUGAACUGGUACCUGAUCCCAGCUAUCUGCUUCGCGCUCGUCUUCGCCAUUUUCUUCUUGUACCUACCAGCUUUCCAUGGUUCUUUGCAAACGGCAGUCAUCCCAGCAGAAUACUGGUUCCUUCCCAUGUCCUUCGGCAUGGGCAUUCUCCUUUUGGACGAGACGAGGAAGUUUUUCGUGCGCAAAUACCCCAAGGGAAUCCUCGCUCGGUGUGCGUGGUAG